CUCAGGUGUUGUUGAGACAGUAGUGCAGUACAACGUUAGUAAGCACUGCAAAACAUCCAGCGUUGCUGUACAGUACAGUGUCAUUAGACGGAUCUAAAUCAUUCACAGAAAAUAAUGUUCUUAUGAGCACAUCGAUUUGUGCGCUGACUGGCCAUUUGAAAUGGAUGCAUCUCAUUUUAAUUCUUCAUAAGGAUGAUGUCUUCUCUUCCUUGCCCACAAUCAGAUGCAUAUAGGUACAUUGACCACUUCAGCUUCCAAUCCUACAACUUUCCGGAAGAGAACGACGAGACAAUGGAUAAAACAAAUACUGAUGAUCCCAUCUGCGACUUGGACUCUGCAGAUUCCCAACUCCUUCACACUAACUCUAGCUUGUCUGACAGCGAGUCCUCUUUAAUGUCCCAGCCUGACCUCCGGAAUACCUACAGAGGCAGAAACAUCAACUACAGACCCGCCCGGUCUGGCUACAGCCCUUAUCAGCCCCCUCUGGGUCUCCCCUCUGGCUACAGUCCCCAGACACCCUUUCCCAGUCAAACAGAGAUGUGUAUGAGCACCCUGGAGCCGCACAACGGGGACCUGCUCCGCUUAAGUUCACCGAGCAGCAGUUCGCUGGAAAGCCCCAGUGGCAGCCUUCCCUCCUGCUUGGUGUCUGGGAAUUAUUCCAGCUACCCUGGUGACUCAUGUUACUCUUGCUCUCCAGACGGGCACAGUCAGGGAGAAUCGGGUCUGGAACAGCCUCGUUCCCUACGCUCUAUCCCGACUGCUUUCGCACCUCAAGGCUAUUACUUUCCACCGCACCCAUGCCCGUCUCGUGGGCCGCCUUGCUGUAGCCGGUACCCUCCGGAUGCACAUCACAUGGAUCAAUGUUCUCCUCACAGACCGCAUUAUUACGUACCAUGCUGGCCUUCGCCAGGCCCUGAAAACAGCAGGCAGUCUUGUUCAGAGUUCACUCAGAGUGGCCACACCUCUUCACACCCUCGAGCUAAACAAACCCCAAGCACGGCCCUUCUGUCACUGGAGCAAAGGAAGGUGUUUGUUACAUACGAGGCAGACAGUGAAAAGCACGUCAAAGAGAUCAUUAACUUUGUCGCGCUGCUGAGACACAACGGCUUCUAUACUCACAUUGAUAUGUUUGAGCAACAGUUUAAAAGCAUAAGCAAGAUUGACUUUAUGGAGCGAUACAUAAAUGAGAAAGACUAUUUGAUCAUCAUAGCCAUUAGUCCCAAGUACCAUGAGAUCGUGACCAAUGCAUCAUUUUGCAUGGAAAAUGAUGAGACACUCAACACUGUCUACAUACAUAAACAGUUACAAAAUGAAUUCAUUCAGAAUGGGGCAAGGAAUUACCGAUUUAUACCCAUCGUGUUUCCUGGUGCCAAGAAGUGCCACGUCCCUUCAUGGCUUCUAAGUACACAAAUCUUCACCUGGCCGAGGGACCGAGACGACAUCCUUCGUAGGCUUAUGCGUGUUGAGAAAUAUAACCCUCCACCCAUAGGAGAGCUGCCCACCAUUGUCUCCAUCCCCAUUAGUUAAUCUGUGAGAUGUUUUGGUAUGUAGAUCCAUGAUCUGUAAUAAUUAGUAAACCGCCCGUGAUCUGUUUUAAUCCAAAGCGUGCACUUCAAAGAUGAUUUGCCCCUUAAUGUGACCCCUUAAAGCUGUUGUAUUUGGUAUGUUCUUUGUAUAAUACUUAACGCAAGUGUCAUUAAACUGUCACAUUUGAUGUAUGAAUCAGGAUGAGUCUCGUCGUGUAGAAGCAACAUAAAUAUGUUGUGAUUCACCGGUCAAUUGGUCGAUUAAACAUUAAGAAUGUUUGAAGUAAGCUAAGUGGGUUUUUAUUUGUUUUGAAAACACCACCUUUUUUUUAGUAUUUUACUAAGUUCGUACCCAGAGCCGAUCCACCCUAUACGCAGGCUGCGUAGGGCCCCACACCACUAGGGGACCCCUUGUUCUUAACUUCAUGCAGCACUGCACAGACCAGCUGGCGAGUGACAUUGUGCCACGGGAGCCAUUCGAAAUUAUACGAUACUUUAAUUCCAGUUGUCAGUCCAUCUAUGCAGCUCCUCAUGCGGUUGAUGCGCCUAUCAACAUGCGUCUUCAUUCGCAUAUUUAAGCUAUCCGCCCGGAGCAGGAAGACAAGUGCCAUGAAGGUGAAGUACACACAAUUCCUAUUUAGUCUUGACUAACCAUGCAAUGGAUUUAUAACAAACACUGCAGUCCAAAUCCCUAGAUUCAGUUUUAGUCCAGUGUGUUUUGUUAGAAAUGCUUGUACCCAUUAAUAAUCAAAAUCUUUCAUACGUUUUAAAUAAAUAAACACAUUUAUUCAUGCAA